AUGUAUCCCACCUCCUAUCUAUCUAUCUAUCUAUCUAUCUAUCUAUCUCAGUCUAUUCAUAUCUAUCUAUCUAUCUCUGUGUCUAUCUCAUUCUGUUCAUAUCUUUCUUUCUAUCUAUCUAUCAUCUCUUCUAUUCAUAUCUAUCUAUCUAUCUAUCUAUCUAUCUAUCUAAUCUCAGUCUAUUCAUAUCUAUCUAUCUAUCUAUCUAUCUAUCUAUCUAAUCAGUCUAUUCAUAUUCAUCUAAUCUCCAUCUAUCAAUCUAAUCUCAGUCUAUCUAUCUAUCUAUCUAUCUCAUCUAUCUAUCUAUCUAUCUAUCUAUCUAUCUAUCUAAUCUCAUCUAUUCAUAUCUAUCUAUCUAUCUAUCUAUCUAUCUAUCUAUCUAAUCUCAGUCUAUUCAUAUCUAUCUAUCUAUCUAUCUAUCUAUCUAAUCUCAGUCUAUUCAUAUCUAUCUAUCUAUCUAUCUAUCUAUCUAUCUAUCUAAUCUCAGUCUAUUCAUAUCUAUCUAUCUAUCUAUCUAUCUAUCUAUCUAAUCUCAGUCUAUUCAUAUCUAUCUAUCUAUCUAUCUAUCUAUCUAAUCUCAGUCUAUUCAUAUCUAUCUAUCUAUCUAUCUAUCUAUCUAUGUCACUUUAUAUCUAUCUCUUUAUAUAA